AACCGAGAAAACGAAUUCUUGUUAGACAUUCUUCUUUGCUUAGCCAGAGAUCUGCUUAGCUUCAUCAGAGAAGCUCUUCUCCCGUAAGUUGUUUGAAUCUCAGCAUCUCCGAUUUUCCUUUGGGUUUCCAACUCCAGAUCUCACUUACGCCAUCUCUUGAAAAUCUAUUUGGUUUUUCAAGAAUCGCAAAUGGACGGAAGCGGCGGCGGUGGUGGUUCUUUAGCCACACCUGUUCAAAAGAAGGCUCACGAGGCGUGGAGGAUGUACAAGUAUUACCUCGACAAGACUACGCCUCACUCGACCUACAGGUGGAUCGGGACGCUUGUCGUCUUUCUCAUCUACUCCUUGAGGGUUUUCUCUAUUCACGGUUUCUACAUCAUCUCCUACGCCCUCGGCAUCUACCUCUUGAACCUCCUCAUCGGCUUCUUGUCCCCUCUUGUUGAUCCUGAGCUCGACCUCUCCUCUGAUGGUGGAGCUUCUCUCCCUACUCGAGGCUCUGAUGAGUUCAAGCCUUUUAUCCGCCGUCUCCCCGAGUUCAAAUUCUGGUACUCCAUGACUAAGGCCUUCUGCAUUGCGUUUCUGAUGACCUUCUUCUCCGUCUUUGAUGUUCCUGUCUUCUGGCCUAUUCUGCUUUGCUACUGGGUUGUUCUCUUUUUCCUCACCAUGAGACGCCAAAUCUCCCACAUGAUCAAGCACAAGUACAUCCCUUUCAGCAUCGGUAAACAGAAAUAUGGUGGCCGGAGAUCUUCUGCGAGUAGCGGUGGUGCCUCUCGUGCUGAUUGAUUCUGAUUAUUAGUUCAAUUUGUUUCAUGUUGCUCUCUGUUAGUUCCCUCCAAAGUACCUCUUCUGUAAAUAUGAUUCAUUUCUACUUCAAACCGAACUCAUUCCCUUUCUUCUUUGUUUCCUUGAUUUCAUUUCUUGUUAUUGGAAGACUUCUUUC